AUGAAGCUCUCAAUUGCCACCUCACUCGCUAUCUUGGGUACGGCUGCGGCCUCCCCCAUUGAUCUUUUCAAUGAUGUCAUCAUUGGAGACGUUGACCUCCAGAUGCCUUUGACCUCUUCUUGGAAGUUCCCAUGGCCACCAUGGGGCAAGCCUGAGGUCGACACCGAGAAAUUGCAGGCUGCUAUCUCCACGGAGGCUUUGAAGGAAAGAGCUGAAAAAUUGUACUCAAUUGCUCAGAAAUCCGAGAAGAAGUACGGCCAUCCUACUCGUGUGAUUGGCUCUCCAGGUCACUGGGCCACCAUUGCUUACAUCAAGCACGAGUUGGGCAAAUUGAGCGACUACUACACUAUUGAUGUGCAGAAGUUUGAGGCCAUUGACGGUCGUGUCAACUCUGUUUCCCUCUUGGUUGACGGUGUGAAGCCCAAGUCCUUGCUGGCUCUCCAACUCACCCCUCCUACUCCAGAUAAGAAGCCUAUCAACGCCAAUUUGGUUUUGGCCGAGAACUACGGCUGUGACGUCUCUGACUUCCCAAAGAAGUUGACCAAGGACAACAUUGUCUUGGUGGAGAGAGGCGAGUGUGCUUUUGGUAACAAGUCUAUCAAUGCUGGUAAGGCUGGCGCUGCUGGUCUCAUCAUCUUCGACAAGGAGGCUCCUUUGCAGGGCACCUUGGGCGAGCCAACUGGCGACGAGGUGCCAACUGUGUCCAUCUCCAAGAAGGAUGCUCAGGAGUACAUUGACAAAUUGAAGAAGAACCCUAAGCACAAGUUCGAGACUACUCUUUUUGUCGACUCUUAUGUGAAGAAGAUCAAGACCCUCAAUGUCGUUGCUGAGACCAUCAAGGGUGACCACGAGAACGUUGUUUCUUUGGGUGCUCACUCUGACUCUGUUGCUGCUGGUCCUGGUAUCAAUGACGAUGGUUCUGGUACUAUUUCCUUGCUCGAGGUGGCCAAGCAAUUGACCAAGUACAAGGUCAACAAUGCCGUUCGUUUCGCUUGGUGGGCUGCUGAGGAAGAGGGCCUUUUGGGCUCUUAUGCUUACGCUCAGGCCCUUUCGCCCGAGGAGAACCAGAAGAUCAGAUUGUUCAUGGACUACGACAUGAUGGCCUCUCCAAACUACGAGUACGAGGUUUACGAUGCCAACAACAAGGACCACCCUAACGGUUCUGGUGACUUGAAGGACCUCUACAUUGACUGGUACAAGGAGCAGGGCUUGAACUACACCUUGAUUCCAUUCGACGGCAGAAGCGACUACGUUGGUUUCAUCGACGCUGGCAUUCCUGCUGGUGGUAUUGCUACUGGUGCCGAGAAGGUCAAGACCAAGAAGGGCCAGGAGCAGUUUGGCGCCUGGUUGGUUAACACCAAGUUGAUUGCCCACUCCGUCGCCACCUACGCUAAGAGUCUUGAGAACUUCCCAGAGAGAAGCCAGGUUUCUGCCGAGGGCGCCUCCAAAAUCAGCGACACCUUCCCAUACCGCGGCUCGCACCUCAUCUUCUAA